CGCAUAGCGCCUGUGUUUAGCGCAUUUCGUUUUUGUAUGGACGUUCGUCGUGUUUUGCUCGCUUUUUCGUCGUGCGGUCGUAUUACAUUAGUAUUUUGUAUUAGUUUGUUUACGAAUUCGACUUGAACACUCGCUGCCGCGAUGUGAUUGUGACCCAUAGAAUGUGUUAAGUGUUGUUCACUGUGAUAAAAAUUACCUGAUGCAUUUGAAACGUGCUUGAUGGUGCGCAAGUGCAAUAAGUAUUGUGUAAAAUGGGUUUGAUAACUUCGAGGGAUCAGACGAUGUUGGACGGACCGGUCGGGCCCACCAAGACCCACCAUGUACGGCAGCCGUCUACAAGGAAUCGGACCAAGCCCCCUAUGCCGGAUCGGGAUGAGUUGGAGGAUCGAUUCAUCAAAGUUCUGGCCUCAAUGGACCUCCCGCCCGACAAGGCGAAGCUUCUCCGCAACUAUGACCUGGAGAAGAAAUGGGAGAUCAUCUGCGACCAGGACAUGGUGCAGGCGAAGGACGCCCCCGCACACUACCUCAACAAACUGCGCACGUACCUCGACCCCAAAGCCUCCAGGAGUCACAGGAAAAGAAAAAUGGUCGGCGACUCCACUUCAACACAAGUUCUUAGGGAUUUAGAAAUAUCUUUACGGACCAAUCACAUAGAAUGGGUGAGGGAGUUCCUAAACGAGCAGAACCAGGGGCUCGACGUGCUGAUCGACUACCUGAGCUUCAGGUUGAGCAUGAUGAGACACGAGCAACGGAUAGCACUGGCCAGGAGUCACUCCUCUGACGCCAUCAACCAGGUGAACACGACGACAUCGGACUGCAGUGCGCCAACGGAUAUCAGUGGGACCCUCAGCGCAACGUGGAGGCGGCGCGCACGUUCCGCGGACUCCGACGGCGAGACCAUCGGAAGCCCGGCAGCCGCGCGCAAGCGCACCCGCCACGCGGCGCGCCUCAACAUGGGCGCGUCCACCGACGACAUCCACGUGUGCAUCAUGUGCAUGCGAGCCAUCAUGAACAAUAAGUACGGUUUCAACAUGGUGAUACAGCAUAGGGAAGCUAUAAACAGCAUAGCCCUCUCCCUAGUACACCAUUCCCUUCGGACCAAGGCGCUGGUGUUAGAACUCCUGGCGGCCAUCUGCCUGGUGAAGGGCGGCCACCAGAUCAUCCUAUCGGCGUUCGACAACUUCAAGGAAGUGGUCGGGGAGCCGAGGCGGUUUCACACUCUAAUGGAGUACUUCAUGAACUACGACAGCUUCCAUAUUGAAUUUAUGGUGGCGUGCAUGCAAUUCGUGAAUAUAAUAGUUCACUCGGUGGAGGAUAUGAACUUCAGGGUUCACCUGCAGUACGAGUUCACGGCGCUCAAGCUCGACUACUACUUGGAAAGGCUGAGGCAGUGCGAAAGCGAAGAUUUGCAGGUUCAAAUCUCAGCGUACCUGGACAACGUGUUCGACGUGGCUGCACUCAUGGAAGACAGUGAGACGAAGACGGCUGCGUUGGAGAAAGUCAACGACUUGGAGGACGAAUUGGGCCAUGCACACGAGCGCCUAGCGGCGUUGGAGCGUGAAGCGAUAACGAAGCAAGCGACUCUGGAGGCUGAACUGGCUCAAAUACGACACGAGCGGGACCAACUGGCUGAAGCGAGGAGACAAGUCGUGGAAGAGGUCUCAACUCUCAGACGGGCGCAGCAGGACUCCAGAAAUCGCCAGUCGAUGCUGGAGUCCAAAGUGCAGGAACUGGAAUCCCUCACCAAAUCCUUACCGCGGGGUGCUUCUAUGGGUGCUAUAUCAACACACGCGCUAUGCAACGGCACGGUCAACGGGCACGUGUCCCCUCCCAUCACGCUCACCAACGGCGACGUGCAUUCGCACACACUACCCACACCGCCCGCACCUCCCCCCGCUACCCUCAUCCCUCCGCCUCCGCCCCCCGCACCGCUACCCCCUCCGCCCCCUCCUCCCCCGUCGCUCGCCCCGCCGCCCCCCGCACCCCCGGCGCCGCCCGCACCGGGUCUGAUGCUGCCCCCCCAACACACAGACGCGAUGACGAUCAAGAGGAAGGUCGACACCAAAUACAAGCUGCCCACGCUGAACUGGAUCGCGCUCAAACCGAAUCAGGUGCGCGGUACGAUAUUCAACGAACUAGACGAGGAGAGACCUCGAAGACGCAUCAACUUUGCGGAGUUCGAGGAGAAGUUCCGCAUCGGCGGCGCAGGCGGAGGGGUGGCCCACGUGCCCGACGACACGUUGGCUUCAUUCCCAAGCAAGAGGUUCCGCAGGCCUGACACCGUGUCACUGUUGGAACACGCACGGUUAAGGAAUAUUGCAAUUUCAAGACGAAAACUCGACACACCUGUCGAAAAAGUUAUCACGGCCAUCCACACACUUGACCUAAAGCAGUUACCACUUGAAAGCGUUGAAAUCCUCCAACGAAUGGUACCGACGGAAGCGGAACAGAAAGCCUACAAAGAAUACGUGUCGGAGAAGAAGAACAUCAACCAACUGACAGAAGAAGAUAAAUUCCUCAUGCAACUGGCCAAAGUUGAAAGAAUUUCCGCAAAAUUAUCCAUCAUGAGUUACAUGGGCAACUUCUAUGACAAUAUACACUUGAUAACUCCUCAAAUCCAUGCGAUAAUCUCAGGAUCAUCGUCCGUCAAGUCGUCCCACAAGUUGAGGAACGUUCUGGAAAUCAUUCUAGCGUUCGGGAACUACUUGAACAGCAGUAAAAGGGGUCCUGCUUAUGGUUUCAAACUGCAGUCUCUGGAUACGUUGAUGGAUACGAAGUCGACUGACAAAAGGGUGUCGUUGCUGCAUUAUAUCGUCGCGACAAUCCGGCAGAACUUCCCUGAACUUUUGAACUUCGAUUCGGAGCUGAUGUACAUUGAUAAGGCGGCUCAAGUGUCGUUGGAGAACGUGGUGGCGGACGUUUGCGAGUUGGAGCGCGGGAUGGAGGCGGCGCGGCGCGAGGCCGAGGCUCGUGGCGCGGCGCACGUGCUACGGGACUUCGUCGCGAACGCCGUCGACAAAUUGCGGCGCCUGCGUGCGGAGACCAAACACGCACAGGACUCUUUCGCGGCAUGUGUGGAAUAUUUCGGCGAGGCACCUCGCAGUUGCGACGCUAAUGCUUUCUUCUCGCUACUUGUAAGAUUUACAAGAGCAUUCAAGCAAGCGGACAUGGAAAAUGAACAGAGGCGAAGACUGGAGGCGGCCGCUCACGCAGACAACCUCGACCCCAACAAGGCGAAGCUUAGCCAGAAGAAACAACAGAGGUUUAACUACGCGGCCGUCAGCGCAGGUCUAUUGCAGCAACACUUGUCUCAGUUGAGGCACAGCCCGGACCUAGCCUAGACUUAGCCUUGCUAGGUCUCGGCCCGGUGCUAUGUCACGGCCUAAUCUGGCUAGGAGUAAGUCGUUAGAAGUUGUUAAGAAAAGGGGGCCUAUGUUAUUGUGUGCGUGUGAACUAACUGGGUUUUUCUAACAAGGAGAUUUAUAAUUUUUUAAUCGGUGUAAAAAUAGCUACGUCAUGCAUAGGUUGUUAGUUAAUUAUAAAUAUAUCAGAUUAAGAAAUAUCUAUAUGGACUGCCUAAUCAAUAAUGGCUAUAUUUAUUUGGUUGGUUUUUAUUAUUUUCUACGUAUUUUGGUUAAAAUUUUACUGUGUUCUAUUUCUUUUAUUUUGUUUUCUUCACAAAUGCCUGCUUCACUGUACAUUAGUU